GUCUACUCGAUGGGUAUUCCUUCCGUGACGAUCCAGCUGCCGUCGACGGCCACGUCGUGGGCGAGCGAGAUCGGCCACGAUCUCAACAAGCUCGGUGCCACGCUCACCAAGGGAGUUCACGAAGUCUGCAGCAGCCUUCACGUGCACGACCUCGUCUCGUCCCUUCAAUCAGCGCUGACCUUCGACGUGGGCCGCAACGCUAACCGCGUCUUCCUUGCCGCCCGCACCAACAACAUUUCAGCGCUCACCAACGCGCUUGCCACGUCACCAGCCGAGCAAGCUACCUUGCUUGAGUACCGCGGAUCCAACGGCCGGACACCGCUGCUUGUCGCUGCGGCCAAAGAUCACGUGGCCUGUAUCGAGAUUUUGCUGCAGCACGGCGCCAACGUCAUGGCGACCGACGAUAGCGGCAACAACGCACUGCACUAUGCAUGCUUUCAAGGCGCGGUGAACGCCGCGCGCUUCCUCCUUUCGCCGGCUCUCGGUCUCUCGCCCUUCUCGCUCAACGCCCAUGGGUUGGCGCCCAUGGACAUGGUACGUGCGAGUCUCGCCCAACGCGAACAUGUGGCUGCAUCGGGCGCGAUCCAGCAGCUCUUGGCGUCGCACACGUGCCUCUUCAUGGGCUACAUCUACGAGAGCGUCGAGAACACCGCGUCGGCGGUCUCGGGGCUGCGCGCGCUGCGGUCCUGGACUCGGCGCUGGGCCAUCGUCUCGCAUGUCGGGUCGCCCACGUAUCUCGAAAUUGCAUUCUACAAUGUCUCUGCCAUGGACCCGUCGCGUCACCCCCCGAGCUCGAUCUUUAUGCUCAAUGCCACGGGUUCUGUGCAGCUGUCGACAUCCGACAAGUGGUUCAAUGACAAGCCGUUUGCGCUCCUCGUGCCCGGCGCACGUCUCAAGGGCCCGGGGAUCAUUGGCAGCGAAGAAAUGCUCGAGCUGGCGGCGCUUGAUGCACCCUCGUUCGCUGCGUGGUCGGCCUUUCUAACACAAGGCGCGACGGUACCAGCGGCCAUCGCCGUCCGAGACAACGCCAAACGUGUAGACACACCUACUGACACUACCUCAGUCGACAUCACACCCACUCUCGACCUUUCAAUCGCCCAAACGGAAGCUCCUAUCGCGCUGACAGAAGCUCCCGUCGUCCUAACGGAAGCUCCCGUGAUGGUGGAGGCAGCGACAGAGUCUGCACCGUCGGCACCGUCGGUCGAAGACGGUCGAUCGAUGGCCCACUGUAUUUUGU